AUGCAUUCAUCGGAAGAUUGGGAAAGAAUAUUCUUAGAUGUCUCUAUCUUGAAAUCACAGGUCCAAUUCCGGAUAUCGCGUGUGAUAGAUGGGCCUGCAGCAGAAGCCGCGAGUGAUGAUCAGAACACGGGCUCAAAAUCUAGCCUCACGAGGGCAGCGAAGUGGUUGCGCGAAUGCAUCUCGGAGCAUGACAACUGCAACCAAAUCAACAGUCCAAGAGAAUGGACCCCGCACCGGCUGCUCGACGUUAGAUCGAGGUAUCCUUUCGCUGACGUGAUAAAACUCGAACACACCGAGGGCUGGCAAACACCUGUGCGAUAUGCCGCACUAAGUCACUGCUGGGGUGAUAUACAGCCUCUCAGGCUGCUACAGAGCAACCUGCAUACGCUUGUACAUGGGAUCUCUUUAGGAGACCUUCCCAGGUCUUUCCAGGACGCUGUUCAUACAGUUCGGAGGUUGGGAAUCAAGUAUCUUUGGAUAGACUCCUUAUGUAUCAUUCAAGACUCGAAGAAGGAUUGGGAUAUCGAGUCGUCUCUAAUGACAUAUGUUUAUGGUGGAAGCAUGCUAAACAUUGCGGCCGCUGCAUCCAACAACUGCACGGGUGGAUUGUUCCAAAAUCGACCUUCAUCCUACUUAGGCCCCUGCCAGUUCUCGGUAGCAAUCCGGGAUAGGGCAUCGAUAUUACGGUAUCAAUUGUAUGAUGAAAAUCUCUGGAAUGCCGAAUUCGAAACUGCCAAGCUUAACACGCGCGCCUGGGUAGUGCAAGAGCGUAUGUUAUCACCCCGCACGCUUGCUUUCACCAAGACGCAACUCUUCUGGGAGUGUAGGCGUAAGCGUGCCUGUGACGAGUUCCCUUCAGGCUAUCCUGUUGAGUAUUUUGAUAAGCCGCCGAUAACCUUCAAGCUGCCUAGCCUGGAUAGCAAACUGAAGACGCAGGCUCUAAUCGGCCGGGAAGAUAGCCGAUUAGGCAAGAACCUUACAGUACAGCUUAGUCUUGCCUGGCACAACUUGGUUAUGCUGUAUUCAAGACAGAAUAUAUCCUUUGAGCAGGAUAAGCUAGUCGCUAUUAGCGGGCUUGCCAUCGUCUUCGCGCAGCAAGUACGCGGACAGUACCUCGCCGGCCUAUGGAGGCCUACUUUGCUCGAUGACCUCCUCUGGGAGGCUAGUACAUGCAAGCACCCUAGGCGUCGCUCUUUGACAUACCGAUCCCCGUCAUGGUCAUGGGCUUCUAUGGAGUGCCCUGUGGACUAUAUCAUUGGUAGAGUCAUGUCAAAUAGGGUCAAGGUCGUCGACGUCAAUGUUCAGACAAUAAUGGGGAACAGUGAAUGGGGCGGGGUUAAGGGGGGGUAUCUUCGAUUACAAGGAAAUCUCUUUCCUAAUCUCUGUGCUGUGUUCAAUAGAGACUUAGAGAGAUUCUCUUUGGAGAAACGGGGCAUAAAUCGUACUAUUCCAGUUGCCGGUUGCAUACCAGAUGAGAGAGCGCACCAAGACGGGAAUGUCGCAAAUAUAGAAUUGGGACUUUUGUGUCUACCUCUUGUGUCAUAUGUAAACGCAACUUGGGCUAUGGGAUAUUCUUGCGAAUUUAGAGGCCUUGUUUUGUUGCAAGCUAGGGGACAGUCUAGGGGCCACUAUCAAAGAUGGGGUGUUUUCGAGGUGCAGCAUUCCACGUUCUUCGAAGAUUCUAAUAAUCAGGCGUCUAGCGAGUGGUAUGUUGAUCGAGAAGAAGGUAUUAUUGUCAUUAUAUAA